AUGUGAGGUUAUGAUUGUCUACUGAAUACCACCGUUCCAGACUUUUAGUUUUUCAUUCUUUUAGGUUCGACAAUUGACGUGUAAGUGAGCCGAAUUUCGGAAAAAUGCCUUUCAAGAGGUUUGUUGAAACUGGCCGAGUGGCCUAUGUUGUUGAUGGUCCUUACAAAGGCAAAAUAGUUUCCAUUGUUGAUUGUAUUGAUCAAAAAACUGUUUUGGUAGAUGGACCAGAAACUGGAGUACCCAGGUCAAAGAUGCGUAUCAGCCAAAUUCAUUUGACAAAGUUUAAGAUUAAUUUCCCUUACAAUGGAUCAACCAGGACUGUGCGUCAAGCUUGGAAAAAAGCUGAUUUAAACAAAUUGUGGGUUCAAAGCAGAUGGGCAGAAAAAGCUGCCAACAGAGAGAAGCGUGCAUCUUUGGGUGAUUUUGAAAGAUUCAAGCUCAAGAGAGCAAGAAAAAUCAGAAACAAGAUCAGGACUAAUGUUUAUCAAGCACUUUUUAACAAUACUUAUUGCCCAAAAAAAAAGACCGCUGUUAAAGUUGCUAAAGCGUAAUAAAUUUUAAUUUGAAUUUAUGUAAA